UUUAAACUGUUAAUUAAUAACUCAAUAUUCUGAAAACACUCGUCGGGAAAGACUAAGAUGUACACCCUUUCUCAUUUGUGGAUAGACGCUUAGUGUGUGAAUUCUAAGGGUGGGCAGGAUCACUCACUGUCAUUGAUCAGCUAUGUGGGGUGUUGUCCUCUGUAUAAGUUUCAGGCUCCCCCAACCUCAAUGAAUGGACCUUUGUCAUGUUGAUAGACAAGGAAAUACCCGCACAGAUUAGAAAAAGAGGCCCCCUCUGUCAUGUGCUGGACAUGCCACGCCAGGCUUUAAAUGCUAUAGGCUUAUAAGGACCAUAGUGUGAAACCUGCUAAGCAAAGACAUUAUAUAGGUGUUGUUCUCAAUUUGCAUUGAAGGCCUCUGUGAUUGUGUUAGAAGCCAUGGAGCGUAUUCAACGGAAAUGACAACUGGAAAGUGUUUGGAAUAUGAAAGCUCUCUCAGAUGUUGUGAAAUUUACAGAUACAGCACACAAGCACACAUCAAGAAAACUAAGACAGAUUAUUAAUGAGACAACCGGAAAAUAAUGUUUCGGCCAAACGUGAAAUGAGAUACCUCAGAAAUCAAAGCGACUCGUCACUGUAUUUAUACUAAUUCCAUAACAGUCUUGCUUAUGGCUUUGCAGCAUUAAAGUUCCUUUUUCAAGACCCAGUAGGAAUAGGUUCUACAGUAAACAUCGUAUGACAUAACCUUGGUUGGCUGACACAUUUGAACCAAGGUAUCUAUCGUCAUAUCGCCCACCCAUCCUAAAUGGGCUCCCUUAGAACUCAGCCAGAUGGAAUCAGCAGACCUCUCAAUGGGGGCAGCUUUGGGAAGUUCAAUAGCUUUGGUUUAUGCUGAUCUCUGCUUUUUGGAAAUGAAAACAAACUAAACAAAAAGUGUCAUAGAAGAUUAUAGAAUAAAACCAUGAAGCACAAGGCAGCACAAACAUAUGGGAAAACCUUACUUCUGCCAGCUACGUAUACCGGUUGGUUAAGUGAACUAUAUUAUUGAUCCUUUUCCGCAGGGCUCGGUUCGAUUGUCUCUCUCUUUCAACUGGAUCAAUGAGUGCCCAGCUGUUACAUCAGGCGUGAUGCAAAAUCAAGCCACCAACGCGGAAUUCAUACCCUCCUGCUCACAAGCCAGGGUUUUAUUAUGCUGCGGCCAGUCACAGAAGAACUCAAACUCAGAAACAGUCCGACUACUGGAUACCUUGCUAAAACCCUUGGAGAAUUAACCCUUUUUUCAGAAGGACAUUUUUUGAGGCCUAAACUUCUUAUUAUAGUUUGGAUUCUGGUUUAUUUUUCACGAAAGUUCACCACAUGCUGGAAAUCUCUUCUCUUCUGUAGUCAGAAACAGCAGCAGAUUAUCGUCUACUCUGAAGUAGUCAUUUUUGGAACUGACAUUGAAGUUAUAGCAUUUUAGAAAAACAGAUAAUUAGAAAAAAUAAGCUAGAGUACAGAGUUCCCCAUCAGUGCCCCUUGUCGACCCAACCAAGACGGUGUCAACAGGCUACCACCAGUGAGGAGACGGCUGAUGGAGAAGUUUUUUAAGCCUGUUCGCAGCCCUUCUGGCUCGGACGAGAUCAAGCCGCGGAAGCACCAUCACCGACACCAACCUCCCCUUCACCAAGAACCUCCGUCACACAGGUACACAUUGUUUGAUGAGUCUGACAGAAACACAGAUGAAAGCCACGGGCACCACCAUCACCAUCAACAUGGUCGCUUUUUCCCUGAUAGCCCUCAUCAUAACAGCCCUCAUCAUGACAGCCCUCAUCACGACGGCCAUCAUCACGACGGCCAUCAUCGUCAUCCAACUCAGCAGUUUCACCACUGCGAAGAAGAUAAGAUACUGUACAACCACAAAACACCUGUAAUCCUCUCUAGGGCCUCUUCCUCUUCCCUCUCUUCAUCCUCGUCCUCGUCCUCUUUUUCCUCAUGGUACACGGAGGAAAGUGGAAAUGAUCCAUUCUCUCUCCGUCAUGCGGAGCAGCCACAGCACUCCCUGUCCUGCUCCAAUAUCUCAGAUGCGCGCAGGGGUUUCAGGGAGGACGCCGGUGGAACACCCAUUGUCUUUGCCACCCUAAAACACAGCAACAAGGACAGUGUUUGUAGUGAGAUACACGAGGGUGUACAAACGAGGGGAAAGCGGGGUUUUGCAUCUCUUAACCGAGGUCUCAGCAGAAGUGAAGAAGGCCUCCUGCAGGGUAACGAAAUGGAUCUUGGAGAGGAACAGUCCAGAGUACAACACGCCCACCAAGGGCACCUGUACAAGGCAGCUAGUUUGAACCGAAGCCUGGCAUUCAGUGAGGAGGACUUUCUGUUAGGGGUCUCCAAGGGCCCCAAAAGAGCUGUGUCCUCCUUUCAGCUACCCAGCAAAGGCAUCCUCAAGAACAAGCAGCCUCACACAGACAUUCGCAAGGCUAAGUCAAUGGAGGUGCUUUCCCCAAGAGUCCCCAAGGGGCGAGGUCCUGGUGGACAGAAAGGGAAGGGUUCAAGCGCUCAAGUGGCGCAGGCCAAGGCAAAUUUUGUGCAGGGAAAGUUGCAAUUCUCAGCCUUUCUAGAUGAGAUUACAAAACAGGUCAUAAGUCCGUCGGCUCUCACUAUCUUGGGUGUGAGCAAUGACAAAAGUAGCAGCAAGGCACCGGCCCAAGCUCCAACACCUGGCCCGGUCAAGCCUCAGCUCCCACCCAAGAAGCACAGAAAGAGCUCAGGGGAGGACAGGGAGCAGCGGCCGAGACAGGAGAAGGCGGCUCGCGACAACCCUCGGAAACAAUCGGACUGCUCCCUGCCUGACAAACUGAUCUCGUAUGCGGCAAGGAACCACCACGGUAGCCCCCCGCCUCAUUAUUACCCCAGUUCACCCAGCCAAAAUGCUCCCCAGGAGAGCGGCCGCAGGGACAGGAGGCCGUCGCCUACCGGGGGCUGCGCGUCGGGGGACAGGUAUGCUCGAGGCGCCGCUCACCUCACGGAUGGCACGAGCACCAGCCCGGAGGACAACCAGCCAAAACAACGGCGCCAACGCAAUCAGCAGCCCGCCGUCUCCCACGGUCAAUACACGCAGCACUUUGUUCAGCAACCGCCUCAACAGGUGCCACCCGGCGCCGGGCACCGAGGGCCCGCCAGCCCGCCUCCGUCCUCUGCCCAGGGUAAGGGGCCGCGCAUCGGAUCCGAGUCUUCUUCCACAAAAUCGGAUUCGUCGAGGACCAGAGACGAGGCCUCCACGGCGACGAGCCACAACUCUGAGCAGAGUAGUCGCCACCAGUCACAUGUGAAACAACACAGGGACCCGCUGUGUGAUGACGAACAUUUCCAGGCGCUGCAGGAGGAGAAUACAGAUCUUCACCAGAACUUACUGCAGACGGUGGUUUGCAUUGAGAGCCUGGAGGCGGAGUUGCAGAGGACCAGGGACGAGCUCGGCCACGUCAAGGAGAAAUAUAAAAGCCUUCUAGAGACUCACACUGGGACCAAACAGACCAACAAUCGGCUGGGGGAACACCUGCAUAUAGCGUCGGAGAGCCUCACGAGUGAGAGGAAAUACCUGCAAAACCGCGUGUCACAGCUGAGCUCAGAGUUGGAGGACGCCCACCAGACCAUCGCAGCCCUGGAGAACAUCAAUGUGCCGUGCUUGAUGAAGGAGUUAUUGGAGAAGCACUUUGAUUCAACUAAUGCCAUGCAGAAGAUUCUGGCGACCUCUGCUCCAAUCGGCCAUUCUGCCACAUCCACAAAAGCAGACGCCCAAUGCCACGCGCCUAAAGAGGAAGAAGCUUCACGUGAUUGGCGGACAAGAUCCGAGGCCGGGCCGCAGCGGGUCACAGCCUUCAUUCCGUUUAAACAGGUGGCGCCAACUGCAGCAUCUGAUGGGCCUCUCCACGGCCAGCACGAAUCCAGCCACAGCCCACCGUUCUCCGUAGCUGACAUCAGCACUGCCAUCUACCAGAAAAUGGCUGCCAGUUAUGCAGCCAGACCAAAAGCUCUCUAUCCCCGAAGCCAACAGCAGCUUCCCCCGGGCAACAAUCACGCCGACAGCCGUCCAAACCUGCAGCAAGCCCAAGUGGCCGGCGACAGCUGGGGUGGGAAUCGCGGGGUGAAGGUAACGCUCGUGGAGCAGGAUGUUGUGGAAACAACCUCCAUUACUGCCCAGCAGAUCCUGGAUGAUUUCAUGAAGCAGCUGCAGCCCUACGAGGAGGCGGGUGGAGGGACGGAGCAGCAGGGUGUGCAGGAGUGGGCGGGCGGAGCAGAACAAACAGGCAAAGUGGCAGAAUGAAAAUGUCGUCCAACAACAUGGCAGAAUGAAUGUAUAUAUUCCUAUCUUAUUGCAUUGAUAUGUGUUUGUAUUUAUAUGGGCCAAAGGUUUUGUAUAUAUAUAUAUAUAUAUAUAUAUAUAUAUAUAUAUAUAUAUAUAUAUAUAUAUAUAUAUAUAUAUAUAUAUACAAUAUAUAUAUAUCCCAAAUACCAGGUAAACGCUUAUUGGGGCUGGCAGGGAUGGGGGGAAUUUGGAAUUUUGGCUUUAAAGUUGAGGACUUUAGAGUAAACGCAAAGAAAUUCUUAAAAAAAAAUAGUAGCAAUCAAAUUGAAUGCCAAGGUAGAUGUAUUCAAGUAUGCUUGUUAGAUAUAUUUCCAUUUGUGGUAACUUCAACAAUAUGCAAUUUACUGUGUUCCCUUAAAAAACACCCUGUUCAAAUUAUUACAUUUUUUACUUAUUUACUAAUAACCAGGCUUGACAUUGUUCCUUUUUUGUGUUCGUGCUUUAUACUUAACUGGCAUUUAGAUCAAAAACUGCAGCGCAAUGCCUCUAAGGUUAAACAUUUAAAAUGAUUAAUUGAUUCAUGUGAAGUAGAAUUAGCAUAGAAUAAAAAAAAUGUAGAUGUGGAAAUUUGUGUAAAUAUAAAUUCACACUGUGUACAUAAUAUAGAUGAAACUUGGUGGCCCUUCCAUUCAGAAAUGAUCAAUGUUGUUUGUUUCUCACCAGUGUCCACUUUGCUCCAUGAAUUAUGCAACUAUGAGUACUGCUAGUCCAUUCAAAAUGUAACUGUCAUGACAGUUGUUGUUCCAAUAAAGAUAAUCAUCUUAAAUGAAU